CCAGGAAGUACCCUCACACAACAUGUACCUUGCUGGGAAUAUAAUUUUCGUCUGCUUGUCGAGUCUUGCAGUAGCCUUGGAAGAUCCAAGGAAUGCUCAAGUAAGGAGUUACGACUUUCAAAACGAUGGAACUGGUCCCUAUAAAUUUAGUUUUGAGACAAGCGACGGAACGAAACGGGAGGAAGAAGGAAGUCUAGUUCAUCCAAACACCGACCAUGCGGCCGUAGUUGUCAGAGGUUCAUUUUCGUACUUCGGACCAGACGGCGUCGAAUAUAAGGUCAAAUACACGGCGGAUGAAAAUGGAUUCCAUCCCGAGGGUGAUCACUUCAAAGUACCACCGUUCGUGCCGUGGAUUCACCACCACCACCACGACGACGAACAACCCAUCGUGACAGGCGAAAGGAUCCUGGACGCCUACCAGACACCGCAGCCGGAGAAACAGGUCUACCCCAAUCAGGUGCAAAGUGUCACACCCACGGCUUACAGUUAUUCGCCACCCUUGCAGAGCACCACUUUCCCUCCGUUGCCCGUUAAGCAAACGAACAGCUUCCCCAGUUCCGCCUUCGACAACACCAGACCUAGUAACCCACCUUUCGCAGCUAGUAGCACCUACAGUUAUCCUCCUUUGGGGGCUCAAACCACGUACGGGUCGACUCUUCCAGACAACACUUACUUGACCACCCCCAAGCCACUUUUCCAGGAGUCCCCGUCGUCUCCAUCCGCUUACCUACCCUCAACACCAAGUCCUAAACCGGUUGCUUUCGUACCGGAAAACAUCGAGAAGGGUAGAGAACUAGCUAGGAACAAUGAGGAAAUUAAAUCUGUUUUUGAGAAUGCACAAAACAAUAUAUAUUUGCCAAGCUCCACUCCAAAAUCAGUUGAGAUCACUUUGCAUUCUGUUAACCCCUUGGGUACUGAAGUGAAUCACUUGUAGGUUUAGUUAUUAUUAUUGUAUAUAGAGUUUGUACUGUUGUUAAGUUGUUUAAAGUUUAUCUAUUUUUUUAUAAAUAAAACUAUUUUU